AUGGCGACUCAAGCUUCCGCUUCAUCCUCGACCGGAGCAACCACAGGCGCCGUUCCUUCGGCACCGGUCAUUUCUCCCUCCCUCAAGUUUGUCAUUUUCAAUCUCAAGUUUCUUGUUCCUCAUUCUCUUACUCCGGACAACUUUUCGAUUUGGAGCACCCAAAUCACCAAGCUGUUUAAGGCAAACGGAUUUGCCGAGUUUCUUGAUCCUAAGUCGGCUGUAGAAAACGUCGAUCCCAAUCAAGAUCCUCAUCUAUGGCAAGUCACGGAUCAAAAUCUCGCCACGGCAAUGUGCUCUACGAUCUCGCCGGCGGUUCUUCCAUAUGUGAUUCAUCUUGAAUCAAUGCAAGAAAUCUGGUCGACGCUCCACACUCGUUUCCAAUCAUCUAACCGAUCUAAGGUCAUUCAGCUCAAAAAUGAGCUACAUAAUGUGUCUAUGCAAAACAUGUCCAUGAUUCAGUAUCUAACUGAGAUAAAGAAGAUAGUCGAUCAAAUCUCCUCGGUGGGCUCGACGGUAGAUCCGGAAGAUGUGAUGAUCUACAUCUUGAAUGGCUUACCCCCGUCAUACCAGUCGUUCACGACCACCAUCCGAACAAUGCAAACAUCGCUGACACUCGACAAUCUAUAUGCUCUUCUCAUCAGUGAGGAGAUCCAUCUCAAAUCAGCGGCUCUGAAUUUCCUCCAAUGCCAGACAGCCAGUCAGUCCUAUAUGUGUUUUGGGGUCGUGGCCGGCGCGGUCGCGGAAGAUCUGCUAACGACAACGCUCCGGUAA